CGCAUGGGCGGCGCGCACUGAUCCGGCUGUGACAGCUCCAGGCAGUCCACGUCAACACACGGAGCACGGCGGCGAGCAGGCGGCAGGAUGGACGCAGCGGCUUCGGAACCUUCUCUCUACACAGUAAAAGCUGUGUUUAUACUCGAUAACGACGGCAACAGACUUCUGUCCAAGUACUACGACGGAGAGCUCUACCCGUCCAUGAAGGAGCAGAAGAGCUUCGAGAGCAACGUCUUCAACAAAACCCACAAGGCAGACAAUGAGAUCGCCUUCCUGGAGGGGCUGACCAUCGUCUACAAGAGCAGCAUCGACCUCUUCUUCUACGUGGUUGGGAGCGCGCAGGAGAAUGAGCUCAUGCUGAUGUCGGUGCUCACCUGUCUGUUCGAGUCCCUCAGUCACCUGCUCAGGAAGAACGUGGAGCGGAGGUGUUUGCUGGACAACAUGGACGGGGUGUUCCUGGUGGUGGACGAGAUCAUCGACGGAGGGGUGAUCCUGGAGAGCGACCCCCAGCAGGUUCUGCAGAAAGUCAACUACAAGGCCGACGAGAACCCGCUGACGGAACACGGCAUGGCUCAGCACCUAACAGAGAAGCUGGCUCUGACCACUAACGUCCUCCAGUCGGCAAAGAGCAGAUCAAGUGGUCCAUCCUGAAAUGAUGCGGACACUUCAGGAUUCUUUAUCCUCAGUUACUUUUAUUACGCCAAACUAAAGGGAGGACUUCUGAAUGUGUGUGUGUGUGUGUGUGUGUGUGUGUGUGUGUGUGUGUGUGUGUGUGUGUGUGUGUGUGUGUGUGUGUGUGUGUGUGUGUGUGUGUGUGUGUGUGUGUGUGUGUGUGUGUGUGUGUGUGUGUGUGUGUGUGUGUGUGUGUGUGUGAGAGAGAGAGAAAUUUGUUUUUUAUGUUUAAUUUAUUUGGUUGAGGAGGAAUUGUUAUUUAGGUCAAAAGGUUUCAGAGUGAAUCAUGAAGCAGCACGGAGCUCCAAACUACAAUACACAACUCUAUUUCUCUAAAUUGUGUAAAAUUGAAAAUAAAAACUGAAUGCAAUGACGUCAUCCUGAUUAAACAUCCCAGUGAUCGUGUAAAAACAUUCUUUGAAUAUUCAAAUGACAGACGUUUCUUGAAUUAGAGACAUAAUUUUCUUCACGAGUCAAGUUUGAACACUUGAUUUCUAUCAAUCCUCCACAUCAGCGAGUGGAGGGUUUUUAUUUUCCACGUUUGACGAUUGUGGAAGAAAACUGUUCGGAAAAUUCAGCAAAUUAAAUGUGUAUUUAUGGAUUUACAAGGGUUAAAGGAGUCUUUAAAGUCUGUUUGAAUGAGAACACGUAGCAUCAUUAGAUGGUAAAUAUUUUGUUAGAUGAAAAUGAAAAAAAAAGUCAUAUAUUUUAAUAUUUAGCUCUUGUUGAAACAUGUUUUAAUGUUUGUGAUA